UCUUGCACCUGGAAUGAACCAGAGAAACUAGCAUGGGUGUGGACUUCCACAUUUCACUUGAAACACGUUUACACCGGGUUGUGUCUCACUGCUCCGUAUGGACUCCUGGAUGAAACAGAAGGAGGUUUAUCACCCGGUGUGCGUGUAUUACCAUGCAAUCUAUCUGAACCUCUCCAACAGUGGGUCUGCCAAUCACGGAAUGCACUUCAUAUUAAACUGCGUGCUUUUAAAUCAAGCAUGAUUUUCGAUAAGGUUGAAGCAUUUGAUCGUGUGCAUAUGGCUGGCCCACAUUAUUCUGAAGAUUGUAAAUCACUGUGGAGAACAUUGGUGGAUAAUAAUUAUAUAUGUGAUGAGAGGUACAGACCUGGAGAGAAUUUAUUUCUUGUGAAGAACAAAGGUUGGAAACCUCCAUCUGAGGAUUUAUCAGUGAAUUGUAGUUACCCAGAAUUUACACCAAACAGUCAAUUUGCUAAUCAAUCAACUGCAGAACAAAUAUGUUAUAUGAGCGGUGGUCGUCCUGCAAGAUCUACUGACCUUAUUAUGGGAGUCAAUGAUGGCUUCACAGAAGGAUGUGCUUGUGCCUAUGUAUCCCAGGAUGACAAGUUAUGGGCAGCUAUGGCACAUUCCGAUCCAAGUUGUUCAAGCAUACCUGAUGUUACAAGACCAGUUGGAGUUUUUUCAUGUACAAGCAAAAACACUGAUUACAUUUGGUGCUACAGAGGCUCUCCAUCCAGCAACAAAUAUUUUGGACUUCAAUACGCACCAUGGUGUGCUACUUAUUCUUUGUUAAGUCCAACAAAAGUUGGUUUGGAAGAAAGAAAUUGUUACUCAGCAAAUUACUUUGUUUGCAAGAAAAAGAUAAAAAACACUUGUGGUCCUCCUGUUCUGCCAGCAAACAGCCAUUUUACCAGAGAAGACUGGAGUAUUGGGGGUGAUGGGGCAAAUAUAAGCUGUAACCCAGGUUAUGGCUUGUCUGCAGACCCUUUAUCUAGAAACAUUACCCUCACUUGCUCUAAUGCAACAGGUGUUAAUGUAUGGGAACCAGAUUCAUUGUUAUUGCAAUGCUUGCGAUUAUCAUGUCCUGACCCACCAUUUAAACCGCACGGUUCAGUUGUCACAUCACCUGCAGGAAUAUUAUCUGGAGAUUAUAAAUUUAGUGAUAAAGUAACUAUAACCUGUGAUUAUGGUUAUGCAUUCGGUGGGAAGCCUGGUGCCAAAGUUCAAGAUAUUAAAUGUGGCACUGAACAAUUAUGGGAACCGGAUGCAACUAAAUUCAACUGCUUAAAAAUUAAAUGUGAGAAACCAAUACAUUUGGCCAAUUCUAAACUCACAUACAAUGAGUCAACAGAACACGUCUUGUACCACUGUGAUCCUGGAUAUUGGAUCUCACGUGGUGUGCAUAACAUCACUGGCUUUAUGUGCAAUGAGAGUGGUCUUUGGGAUCCUGAUCCUGUUUCUAUUGUCUUCUGCAUACCAUUAACAUGCGGAGAACCUGACCCAUCACCAAGAGCAAAUAUAUUUGUCACCAGUCACAGGUGGCUUGCUAACUUGACAAUAAACUGUGAACUUGGUUUAUCUGUUGUACCACAUGAUCUACGUAUUGUGUGUAAUCAAUAUGGAGACUGGGUACCUUCAUCUAAACACGCUUGGUGCAAAAAUGUAACAUGUCCGACACCCCAAGUAAAGUACAAAUACACAACAGCAAGCACCCCUCUCUUGGAUGUUUAUCUCUAUGAUCAAAUACAACAGUAUCAUUGCAAUAAAACUGGUUAUGUAAUACGAAAAAGAUUUCAAAUUCACAAUCCCCACCAAACAGCUUGCCUCUCUGCUGAUGAUUCUACUUCUGUUAGUAUG